UGGAAGAACUCUGACGCUGUAGAAUACACUCGCGCCGGAAACCCGAGGCCACCGAGCGCUGAAGUCGCGUGCCAGUGGGUGCGAAAGGCCUGGAAGGACACUGAUCAAGAAACUAUUGACAACUCUGUAGCUGCGGCCGGAUUUUCUCCGAUUGAAUCGGAAUGGUUUAUUUGGGGUCACGAUGUCUACGGAAGAGGAUUUCAUCGCGAAUGGGAGAAUGAAGAAGAGAAGAAAGAGGAGAACACGGAUUCAGAUGUGGAUGAUGAGCUUGCUUACGCAUUGGAUGGCGUCGAGCUGGUUGAUGAGUAA